ACACCAGUACGCGGCGCCACUUCCAUCGACUCUCAGUUUCACUGCGAGACAUGUGGCUCGGACUUUUUCAAAGCUACGAUCCGUUUUUAGACAAAUAUAUUUACUUUUUAGAGUCGGUGGGAUUUCAUAAGGAGAUUCUGGGUUUUAAGCGCUGUUUUGAUUGUGCAAAGCAGUCGUAGCGAAUACCUGAGUUCUUGGGAGAACAGGGCCAGACAUGACUGGAGCUGGAACUGGUGGUGGUGGUGGUGGUGGUCAGGGCCCUCCGGAUGGGACAGAUCCUGAGGAGGCUGAGAAGUGUCCAAUCUGCCUCAGCGCUCUGUCGGGGGCAGAGCUGGCGAUGCCCGACAGUUGCUGCCACGUCUUCUGCCUACGCUGCCUCCUCACGUGGGCUGAGUUGCAGGCGUCUCCUUCGUGUCCUGUUGACAGAAGACCGUUCACCAAUGUUUACAGAUGGGACGGACACCUCAGCUGUGUUCAGGUUCCUGUGAGGAGGAGGGCUGCUCAGCCUGAAGUGGAGAGCUACUGCAGAAGAAACUCCCAAUAUAAAACUGGUCUUAACAGUAAGAGAGCUUUGAGACAGAAGAAGGUGGAGAGGACAGUUGAUGGCAAAUCCAAAGGGCUCGUCAGAAAAUGCAAUGAUGAGGAUCCUUCAUCUCUGACCAGAAAAAAGGUUCGGGGGGCGGAGUCUUGUAGCUGGUCGCCUCCUGCUUUUGUUUCACUGACCACAACAACGCAUGAAAUUGCACAGUCUGUGGAUGAUGAGGAUGUGAUGCUCGGUCACACAGUUGAGCGCUGUAAACCUCAGAGCUGUGUGUGGUUCUCUCCGGCUGCUCCCGUCUCCACCGGCAAUGGCACCACGAGAGAGAGCUUCCACCCCUCCAUCAGAAACACUGGUGUGUUCCCUUUUGCGCUUGGUUCCUCUCCUUUUUCUUCGUCGCCAGUGUCCGGUUCAAGUCAUUUUGUGUUCGAGGGAGUGGUUUGUGCGAUCACGUGUCCUAAAGGAGGAGAGAAGAAAGGGGGCCGUGCACCUAAAGCUGCACCCAAACAACCCGCCGCCAAGCGCUCAAACCGCGGGGCUAAAGCUCAGGAGGAGGCCCCCCUCUCUGACCCUCCCACCCCUCAGACCUCAGGCGCCUCCGACUCUGAUACUCCCCACAGUGCCCCCUCCAGACCGGGCAGGGCGGCACAGGCAGCAGGCAAGAGGAAAGGCAAACAGGUAACCAACAGAAAAGCCAGUGGCAAAAGGAAAGCUCCAGCGAGGAAAAAGCGCUCUGCAGAAGUAAUCAGCAGCAGCGAAGAGGAGGAAGAGGACACAACUAAAAACGACAACACAAAAGAUGACGAAGAGAGCGUGAAACCGGAAUCGUCAAACUCCAAACAAGACCAAGAGAAGAAUGGAGACGAUGCCGAGGAUUCAGAGCCAGAAGUCACCACAGAGGAGAGCGUAAACAACGAUCAAAACGACUCUAAUCAGGAAAAUGACCAGGAGAAACCACUAGAAAAUGACAUGAGCCAGGACAGCAGUGAUUCUCAGGACAAACAUGAAAGUGACACUGAAGAAAAGGUGGAAGUCCCAUCGUCUCCUUUAAAUUCUGCUCCUAAUAGUCCAACUUCAACCAAUGAGGACAACCAGAGUGUCAAAGAGGAGGAGGAGGAAGAGGAGGAGGACGAGGAGGAGGAGGAGGAGAAAGUAGCGGAGGAGGAAGAGGAGGCUAGCGCUAGUCCAAAACAUGAACAAGAACAAGAGAUGAUGUCUGACGAUGAAAAACAAGAAUCUCCAAAGCAAGAAGAAAUGGACAUUAGUGACGAUGAAGAUAAAGCGUCUACAGGAGCAGAGAGUGUUGACAAAACUGAACUUUUCGCACAAACAGAAGAUACAAAAGAUGAAGUGAAUGAACCUAAAACAGAGGAGAAAGAGGGUAAGGAUUCACUACAAAGUCAAUCCCCAAGACAAUCAGAAGCAGUGUCUGAAAGUGGAGAUGCUGCUUCACACGAUGGGGAGGACAAAGAGCUGGAGAAGGAUACAGAAAAGGACACUAAAAAUUUAACCGAAGACCUGAACGAGAUCCCGAUGGAUUUUGGUUCUCCGUUAAGCGAACAUGGAAGUACAACACCUCUGGAAAAAGAGGGUUUAUGUCCGGAGGUUUCAGAGUCGAGUGAGGAGAAGCCAAAAGAGGAGGCUCCAAAAAGUGAGGAGAAGCCGAGCGAGGAAAAAAGAGAUCGAGAUAAAAGUCCAGAGAGGAGCAGACCACGGCGCUCCCGAUUUCACUCGCCCACUACAUCGUGGUCACCCAAAAGAGAGUCCAAAGAUUCCAGACGGGACAAAAGAUCAAGAUCCAGAGAACGCAAUGGAAGUCCCAGUCGCUCUGCUCGGAGAAGCAGGGAGAGGGAGAGAGAUGGGGACUAUCACAGGCGAGAGAGAGACCGAAGCAGAGAGAGGAGCAGAGAGAGGAGGAGGAGGAGGUCAAGGAGUAGAAGCAGAUCAAGGUCUAGAAAUAGGUCUUAUCGAAGGAGUGACAGGAGUCCAGAGAGGGAGGAGAGAAGAGAAGAGAGGAGGGAGGAAAGAAGGGAGGAGAGGAGAGAGGAGUCGCCCCCAACGAAUGAUCGCAGAGGGGGGUGGAGGUCUGGAGGAGAGGGGCGGAAGUACGGAGGGGGGAGAUUUGAAAACGGGUUGCAAAACGACGAAUCUCCUGAAAGAAAUGUGGUAGACUCUAAUCCAGACUGGGUGGAGAAGCAGAGGAGCAGCAUGAGUAGCAGUAGCGCUCCAAGAUGGGAGGAGCCGUCGAGAGGGAGGGGCAGAGGAGGAAGAGGAGGGUUCGACCGAGGCAGAGGAAGAGGGUCUGGAAAUAGGAGUUUUUAUAAUCAAGAGGAGCAGAGUGAGAACAGGUGGCAGCCAAGGAACAACUUCUCAGGGACAGGAAGUGCAGCAGGAAGUGAUGCGUACAGUCGGUUUAACGAGAACAGAGGAGGGAGGAGGAAAGAGAUGGAUUCCGGGGAGACGAUGGACCGCUCUGGGUGGUCCUCCGCGUCAAGCUGGGCUGUACGCAGGACUCUCCCUGCCGAUGUCCAGGAUUAUUACUCUAAAAGAGAGAGAGGAGGGCCAAGCGGGUGGAAUCGACAGGAGGAGGAGACCACGCCCGCUGCAGAACCUCCUAAAUCGGACCCUCCGGCGCAAACCGUCCCCGGUAACGCCCCUGUCCCGGUGCUAGUGUCUGCCCACCCUCAGCUGCUCCAUCACUACCCCACCCUCCCCGGAGCCCGCGGCCCCGUCUCCGUGUCUCUGCAGCCGGCCGCCCCCUACGCCCUGCCCCCCUCUCAGGUCCCAGUGCACCUCCACACAGCUGUGCCCCUCCUGCAGGUGCCCGCGGUGGGAGCACAGGGCCUGCCUCCUCCCCCUCCUCCUCCUCCACCCAUGCAGCAGGGCAGUCAGACAGCAGCUGCUCAGCCCGAUGGACACAGCACACAGAUGGUCGGUAACAUGGGAGGUUUUGUGAAGCCCCUGUUCCCGACUCCCAUCAAAGUGACGCAGGCAGUGCCCAUGUCGACUCAGGCUCUGCCCUCCUCCACCACCCAACCACAGCACAACCGCGCCCAGCCCGACAGCUCCAAGAAGGAGAAGAAACAACAAAUCCAAGAACAAGCGAUAAACGAAGUGAAAAAUGCCAUGAAACCGUAUUACCAAAAGAAAGAGAUCACUAAAGAGGAGUACAAGGAGAUCGUCCGCAAAGCUGUAGAAAAGGUGUGCCACAGUAAAAGCGGUGAGGUGAACUCCAGUAAAGUGGCGAACCUGGUAAAGGCGUAUGUGGACAAAUACAAACACGCUCGCAAAAAGUGAAGCGCAGACUCCUCCCCUUCUCAGCUUCUCAAGUGCAAUUUCUUCAAGCUGGAAACAGGCCUCCCGAUCUACAAAUAACUAACGGAGCGCCACUUUUUGUUUUUACCUUUUAUCAAAUGAAGAUUUUUCUAUAGAUUUGUCAUAUUUUGUUAGAAUCAAAACCCAAAAUUGUAUUGCAAAGAGCCCUUUAUUUUGCAUAGAUGUUGGACUGCUGUAAGGACUGGACGAUUUGAAAUGAACUUGGAUAAUGGUACAUUGUAAUUAUCAGACCUGAAAGAUUAUAAAAUUUAUCUAUGUUCUUUUUUAAAUGAUACUGUUUAAAAUGAAAAGCCUAGUUUGAAAGAAAGUGUGUUGCCUUUAAGAAUUUGUGGCCCAGAAGUGUGUUUUGGGCUGUAACUUGUUAAAAGUUGUAUUUUUGCAGGGCCCUGAUUGGUUGAUGCUCAAAGUGAAUCUGCCAAUCAACCAAUCAGAAGCGUGCGUGUAUUAAGGCGCAGGGGUGGGAUGAGAUCAUCUGAUCGUGCCCACUUCCUGUUUGUGUCUGAAUGUGUCGCUUAAGUGUGAAUUUGGAAAAGUAUAAAAGUGAGUAGUGGAAUAAAAGUAGGUGCUUUCUGA